UAGGUAGAUAAUAUUACAUAUUAUGAGGUUUUUUUGGAAAUUUUCUCGAAUUUUUACAUAAAUUUUUUUUGUUUUUUUAAAUUUAAUUGGCUCAUUAAUUAAUUCAGGAAUGAAAAUAAAAAUUUUAAACAGAUAGAAAAGAGACUCGAUUAUAAAAAUAGAAUAAAAUAAUAAUGAAAAAAAAUAUUGGAAAAUUGGGAAUAAAUAGGGAGGGAGUAUAUAUGUAUUUAAUAUAGUAAUGGAAAAAUUCUGUCAAAUGUCCCGGAAACCGAUUCGGGGCAAACAAUAUUACACAAUUUGUAUGUCUCAGAGAGCUCGUUGGUAUCUUUCGAAUGACCAUGUAUUGUUGUUUUUGCACGAAUCGGUUUUUCCGGAACAUACGACGGAAUUUUACCAAUAUACCCUAAAUGUUCUAAUAGAAGCCCUGUGCGUUUAUUCUUCAAAGGGUAUCAGUGAAGCAGCUUGA